CAUAUAGGCAACUAUAGGCUUGUUUACCAUUGAAAUCUUAUCUGGCCAACUUGCUAUUGGAUCAACGGUAUAUUGCCAUCUGUGUGUACGGUUAACAAUGCUAACCUUCUUUACAUUGCAGAUUACACAACUAGUGGUUGACCCUCUCAAUGUAAGACAUUUCAUCUAAUAUCUACCAAGGCCUACCACUGUACCUUUCAAAAUUGCUCUCGCCGUAGAGGCAAUUCUGUCUUGCGAAGUAACGGCAAAAGAAGAAGAAUCAACAGAUGCAUCAUCUGGAGAGAGCCACACUACGAAGGCAUUAUUGUCGGAUGGUUUCUCUGGCAAUUCCUUGUCAAUUCCUUGUCGAUUUUUCAUAAAGUGCUCUGAAGCCAGUACCGCAAGCAAAGUUAGAGGCACAUCCCUUGAUGCUGGGCUCCCAAUCGGGCGCCAGGCAGCCCAGUCGAACCCCGGUGGUUCAGCUGUUAUUCUUAUCUAUGACAUACAUGCUUGGGUUUUCUCCCUUCACAGCUUUGUUGAAUUUAGAAAGGAUUCUGAAUCCUGAGAUCGGAUAUUAUGCCUUGAUGGGUAAUUACGGAGGCGCCGUGUUUUCUUUUGUGACAGCCCCUGUCAUUGGACGGUUAUUGGGUGCCAAAGGAUCAAUCUUACUCGGUUGGAUUGGCCAGUUGGUCUUCAUAGUUGUACACUUUUAUGUGAAAGCUUAUAUUAUCAUUCCAGUUGCAUUUUGUGUAGGCAUAUUGCAUGCGCAGACAAUGAUCACCAGUAGUGUUUUCGUGACCACGUUCGCCCUACAGUAUUCAGAAAUCACUAAAAAAUCGCAAAACACAGUCAUGGGCAUGUUUAACGGAGUAUUCUUUGCCAUGUUUGCGUUUGACUCCGUUUGGAGCAACCUCGUUUCAUCGCUGAUCACUAAAAAAUCGCAAAACACAGUCAUGGGCAUGUUUAACGGAGUAUUCUUUGCCAUGUUUGCGUUUGACUCCGUUUGGAGCAACCUCAUUUCAUCGCUGAUUCUAAGCAAACCCGUAGAGAACUAUUUCAACGGAACAGGGCUUCCAAACCCACUGAAUUUAAGCCAGCUAUGUGGACCAGCUUUCUGUCCGUGGGAGGAUACAUCCGGGACCUACAUCCGGCAACCUGAACAGUACAUAGUGUACAUUCUCCUGGGGUGUUUUCUAGCAAUGUCCGGAACGGCUUUUCUCAUAACUUUGUUCUUUAUCAAGAUGUUCACCCAUCCAGCGGAGACGCCAUGCAAUUGAACAAGAGUUUAUCGUCACUGAGUUCACAAAGGUAGGACUUGGUAUAUAUUUUUUCAACAAAAAACACAGAUAGCAGGGGGGUAAAGUACUGGGCAUUUAAUUAAGUUUAAUUACGUU